AUGUCUGACCUAAGCCUGGCAUCAGGUAGUACAUACAAAACUUUGACUACAGGCUUCAUCCGCGUGCUCCAUUUACAGCCAGCAAAGUCUUUGGAAGCGCCUCUCGUUGCCACACUCAAGUCAGUUCAUCUCGACCAGGAAGCAAGAUAUGAGGCAUUGUCAUACUCCUGGGAUGGGGAAUCCAACGGCAUACCACUCCAAGAUGGAAGCAUUAUUCUCGAAAAUGUCACGCAUAGUAUUAAAGGCAAUCUCAGCAAUGCAUUGCGCCGGCUUCGUCACGAAGAUCGGCCACGGAUCUUUUGGAUAGAUGCCAUCUGUAUCAAUCAAGAGAAUCUCGCCGAACGAUCUGCUCAGGUGGCUAUCAUGGCACGGAUCUUCUCGACUGCACUCCGAGUCAUCAUGUGGGUCGGUGAGGAUUCCGCCGAAGGCGAUGGCAAGGCCUUUAUCGACUGGUGUCUAAGAGCGACAAGCAUACAGAAAUCUUCCUGGAGCAAAUCAUGGAGGAAGACAGUAUAUUUGAUCGCCAAUCAGUCAUUCUUCUACGACAAGAGCGACUGGGUGCGGUCUCAGUAUUACAACGAACCGGUCCUCUCCUGGAGACCUUGCAAGAAGAGAGAUCUCGUAUUUGAAUUCCACUGGAGACGAUACUUUCGCCGAAGAUGGUGCGUUCAGGAGACUGCUUUUGCGAAACAAGUCUUGUUGAAGUGUGGUUCCCAUGAGAUAUCACUAAGUGGCUUGAGGUCUGCCAAUCAUUAUUUCCAUUCGGCCUUGCGAUGGGAUACUCUUCAGGAGACUUGCUCCGACGUAUUGGAACUCAUGGCACAGUGUAAUACCCUCCAAUGCUUCGACGAGCGGGAUUACAUCUUCGCCCUGGCUAGUUUGCUGAGAUCCCAGCCCGGAUGUCCUCCAAUCACCAUCGACUACACACUGUCGUGGACUCAAGUGUACAUUAACUUUACCAGCGACUUGAUCAUGGCUGAUAGCCUAUGCCAAGUCUGGCGAGUGCUACACAUGGCAGCUGGUCAAUACCAUGCACCCUGGGAGCGCUCCAACGAAUUACCUUCUUGGGUUCCCGAUUGGAGAUAUCCACUACUUGAUUCUAUCGGGUACAAGUCGUUUUCCAAAACUAAUCCUCCGGCUACACUCAGCUAUGCGACGAUGUGUGGUGAUGGUACAACGGUGACUCUGCGUCUGGCGUAUUUUGGGAAAUUGAGUGAUGUAGUUGUUCAGGAUGACGUGAAGGAAAAGUAUCGUUCUGAUGAUCGACUCUAUCGUCCUCAUCCCGAGCAAAUGGUUGGUCAUGUGGGGUAUAUGUUGGAGUUGAAUAUGGCGCAUUUGGUGCUUCGUGCGUAUGGUGAGGAGGCGAUGUUGUUUUGUAUUGUGGGGCUGUUUAUUGGUGAUGAGGGAGGGGACACUCCAGCUUUUGUGGAGAUGCAUGAUGUUUUUAUUCGCUGA